UCUUCCUCCCUCCCUCCCUCUCUCCCUCCCUCGAUCCUCUGGGGUACAGAUACAAAUACAAUGGUAGCUUCCUGUCUCAGCCUCGUCUCCUUGUAUGGCAGCUACCUCCGCCGCUGUCUCGCCAGCGCCGGCCUGUCUUCUCAAACAAUAGACAUUGACGGCGACACCUCCAUGCACUUCUGGGGUCCCAACCGCACUAAUUCCUCCACAACCAAUUCUAAACCUGCGUUGAUCCUGAUUCAAGGAUUUGGUCCCCACGGCAUAUGGCAAUGGCGUCCACAAAUCGUGUUUUUCUCCAGCGAAUUCGACCUAUAUGUGCCCGAUCUAUUAUUCUUCGGGGAAUCUUAUACAAAAUCCUCGGAUAGGUCAGAAGUUUUCCAGGCGAUUUGUGUAAUGAAGCUUCUCGAAAAAUUAGGGAUUCAGAAGUACUCUGUUGUUGGAACGAGUUACGGAGGCUUCGUGGCUUACCACAUGGCCUCGAAGUGGCCGGAGAGAGUGGAGAAGGUGGUGAUCGCCAGUUCCGGGGUGAACUUGCGGUGGAGGGAUAACGAUGAGUUGUUAAAAAGAGCGAAGGUUGAAAGGAUUGAUGAGUUAUUGCUGCCCGCGACGGCCGGUCAGCUUCGGACGUUGAUGGGCCUUUCUGUUUUCCGGCGUGUCUAUAUGCCGGAUUUCUUGUUAAAUGACUUCAUAGACAAAUGGUAUUCUGAUAAUAGAAAGGAGAAGCUGGAACUCUUGAAAGGACUCAGUCUCGGACGAGAUGACACAGUAAACAUAUCUCCUCUUUCACAGGAAUCAUUGAUUGUAUGGGGAGAACAAGACAAGAUAUUUCUAUUAGAAAAAGCCCAUGAACUCAAAAAAUUGCUUGGGGAGAAGGCGAAAUUAGAAGUCAUAAAGAACACUUCACAUGUUCCUCAACUUGAAUAUGCAGCAAAGUUCAACAACAUUGUCAAGAAUUUCUUAUGUGAAUUGCCAUGAUCAACCUUAUCUUUUCGUUUGAAAUUUGUAAUAGUUUAAGGUUUUGAUUUUCUUGGGUGAAGAUUUUAAAAGCUGUGUCCAGUUUUCAUGUUAUUCAAACUUACACCUAGAAUACUUCGAAGAUAUCUGGAUUUUGUUUGUUGGAGAAACUGAGAAACAAUGUCAAAAUGGAUGGACUGAUUUGAA